AUGGGUCGUAAAAAGAAGAAGGUCGAGAAGCCUUGGUGCUGGUACUGCAAUCGAGAGUUCGAUGACGAAAAGGUCUUGAUACAACAUCAGAAGGCGAAGCAUUUCAAGUGUCAUAUCUGCCACAAAAAGUUGUUCAGUGGUCCCGGUCUUGCUAUCCAUUGUAUGCAGGUGCACAAAGAAACGAUCGACAAGAUCCCGGGUGCUGUCCCCGGGAGGGACUCAUCACAAAUGGAGAUUUAUGGUAUGCAGGGUAUACCACCCGGAACUACUAGAGGAGAUGAGGAACCUGAUGCGAAAAGGGAUAGAAAAGAUGACUUCCCUCCGAUGCCCCCUGGACCGAUGCCAGGAAUGCCACCAAUGAUGGGAGGAAUGCCGCCAUUUCCACCAUUUCCAAUGAUGCAUGGAAUGCCGCCGAUGGUCCCUCCUGGUAUGCCACCCUUCAUGCCUCCACCGCCCGGCAUGGGCAUGCCUCCAAUGCCUCCUUUCGGAAUGCCUGCACCACCGCCGCCAAUAUCAGCUCCUUCGUCAGCACCAUUGGGACCACCUAUGCCUCCAACAAAGAUAGGCCCUAUACAUCCAGAGCCUGCGCGGGAAGAACCUAAAACUGAAGCCGAUACAGAUUACCGAAUUCCACCUGAUUAUAAUAGAGGACAGCGGGAUCAAGGCGGAUAUGAUUACGAUGGAGGAGAUAGUUAUGGCUCUGACGACUACAGAAGAGGUGGUCCGGUAAAGGAUGAUUACGGAAGUCCAAGAGAGGACUACAGCAGAGGUGUUCCUCCAAACAUUAGAGGGGAUGACUACUCAGGUCGUCCUGGACCACCCUCUGAAGAUUAUUCAAGGGAUAGCUAUGAUCAAGGCGAUAGUUAUGGUCGUGGUCCUCCUGGCAGGCCAGACUAUGGCCGCGGUUUUCCACCACCAAAUGACUCGCACAUGAAUCGUGACUAUCCGCCACGGGGAAUGCCACCACAGAACGACGAUUACUCGAGGGGAUCCCGUUUCGAUCGUCCACCUGAUGACCGGUCUGGAGACAGAGAUAUGUAUGGUGGUUCGAUGUAUAAUGGAAAUGGAGUUGGUUCGCAUUCGUCCGUUCUCAAUUCCUCUGCUGCAGCCGUGGCUAAUAAGCUUGGAGCCAAAACGCGUAUAAUCCAUCCUGAUGAUCAUCAGACCACGUCAUUGGAAGAACGACGUGCGAUGAUGAUGAUGUCCACAAGGGGUCAAUAUCGUUAA